AUGAGGCGGAAAAUUGAACCCCCAGCUUGGCAGCACGUAGCAGCCACAAGACGUUCCCUGAUAGAGAGCAAAAUUCCGCCAGAAUGGCGAGUUCCAGCCGAGUUGCUGAAAAGCAAGGAUUUGGUGGAUCUGCCUCGAAGAUGCAGGAUCAUGACUGAGCAAGAACUGAGCAUUACGGAGUUGAGUGCUGUUGAGAUAGUAUCUUUAAUUCAGGCAGGCAAGAUCUCCGCUGUAGAUACGACAAAGGCCUUUUGUAAGAGAGCCGCGAUUGCGCAUCAAGCUACAAACUGUCUCGCCGAAAUUCAUUUCGACGAAGCCCUACUCCAGGCAGGUCAAUUAGACGAGUACAUGCGUGUGCACGGCAGGCCAAAGGGCAUGCUUCACGGUCUACCAAUUUCAGUAAAAGAACACAUAAAAAUCAAGAAUACAACUGCGACAUCCGGCCUAAUUGCAUGGGCGGACCAUGUUAGCGAUGAAGAUGCGCUAAUUGUUCGAACAUUUCGCGAACAAGGCGCCGUUUUCUAUGUCAAGACGACCAACCCGCAGACCCUGAUGGCCAUCGAAACCGACUCCAAUUUAUUUGGGAGAACGGUCAAUCCUCACAAUACCAAUUUAACCUGCGGUGGAAGUACCGGAGGUGAGGGCGCGUUAUUAGCGAUGCGAGGAAGUGUUUUGGGUAUUGGGACCGACAUCGGUGGCUCAAUCCGAGUGCCAAGUGCGUUUAAUGGCGUGUAUGGAUUCAAGCCAAGCAUUGGAAGAAUUCCACACAGUGGUCUGAGUGGAUUAAGCGAUGGGAUGCAAAACAUUGUUGGAGUCGUCGGACCACUCGCUCUCUCGCUUGAAGACAUAGAACUGUUUUGUAUCGCUGCAUUGAAGAACAAUCCCUGGAAAUACGAGCCCGCCCUUCUGGAUAUUCCGUGGAAAGAAGAAGUUGAUGUGCCAAAGAAACUGAAAAUUGGAGUCAUGUGGAGUGACGGGGUAGUCCAGCCUCAUCCCCCGAUCACACGAGCGCUCAAGCAAGUCGUCGUCGAGCUGCAAAACCAAGGCCACACUGUCAUUGACUGGGACUCACAGCUGCAUCAUUCCAUAUUUGAUGUGACCAAUGAGGCAUAUUUUCUUGAUGGAGGUGCCGAAUACCAUCAGACACUGGAAGAAGGGCAUGAGCCGCCAGUGCCGAUUGUAAAAUGGCUGCUUGAUGAAAAGGCUAAACAUCGGUAUACCAUCGAAGAGAGUUGGCGAGUUAAUCGGGACUUGGACAAUUUGCGAACCAAGUAUGCUCUGCAAUGGAACAAUCAUGAUGUAGACGCGAUCAUUUGUCCUGCAAAUGCAUCGGUUGCCUCUGUACACAAUGAGAACCGAUAUUGGGGAUACACUUGUGUUUGGAAUGCCCUCGAUUAUCCAGCUGUUAUUUUCCCGGUCAGUACGGUUCAGGGAACUGACAUUUGGAAAAAUUUCCCACCCUUGGCGGCGCCAUUGAAUCCCAUGGAUGCGUGGUCCAGGAAUUUAUACAUUGACUCAGAGGGACCGUUGAGGUAUGAGGGGGCUCCAAUAUCUCUCCAGGUUGUGGGCAGGAGACUCCAAGGAGAGAGAGUGUUGUGUAUAACAAAACGUGUGGUGGAUAUUUUGAAGAGCAAGGAAUGCGCAACACCCCGGGAUUAA